GCUUGGCGUCGCUUGACAUUGCUCGGCCUUGCUUGGCAUUGCUUGGAGUCGCUUGGCGUUGCUUGGCAUUGCUUGGCAGUGCUAGACGUUGCUUGACAUUCAUGUAUUGGUAUUGCUUGACGUCGCCUGGCAUUACGUGGCGUUUCUUGGCAUUGCUUGGCGUCUCUGCAAAAACAUGAAGGACACAAGACCAACUAAGGGUCCGUAGCCAUUUUGGCUCAAGCUUUUUUUGGCUUCAGCAGCUUGGCCCACGCUCCCCGUGUGGCCCCGAAGUGGUGGGGGGCAGCCCGGCCGCUCACCGCCCAAGGCACGAGAUCUGAGGCACGAGGCGGUCAGUCUCAUGCGCAGCGGCCGCUGCAGCAGCAUGCAGGGCACCCGCCCGGCCGACGGGACAAGGCUGGUCGUCGAUGAUCGCUCGUUGAGGCUAGUGGGCCUCCAGCCCGAACUCGGCUGCAGCAACAGCGACGGUAGUCUUGGGAGCGCCGCAGGGGGACGCCUCGCGCUGGUGGGGGCGCCCCAGGAUGCGCGCGGCAGCGCCGCGGGGAGGCUUCCACGCGUGGACGACGAUCAAGUCGGGAGCGCCGGUGAGAGCGACACCAGCCACGGAUCGCACUCGGAGUAUGCUCCUUCCUCAUCGGGCAGCCACUGCUCCCUCUCGGAACUCAGCGACAGCAGGUGGGGGGUCAGCGACUGGAGCGAGCACGAGAGCAGCGGCAGCUCAGCGUCGGGCAGCUCCCACUCCGAGAAUCACAGCCCUCGGCGUGUAGAGGAGAGCGAGGUCGUCGAGCAGCAGGACGCAGAGUGGCUGAUGGACAACGAGGCUCAGCACGCCGCCGGGACUUGCAAGCCGUGCCUCUACCUCAGGACGGAGGCGGGCUGCGCGGCUGGCCGCGCGUGUAGAUACUGCCAUCUGCCGCACGCGGCCCCGAGCACGGCCGGUAGGAUUCCUUGCAAGCAGCUGGUCAGGAGGUCGGACAGCAAAUGCGGGGGCGACGCGGAUGCCGUGCGGGACUUGGCCGACGACUGCCACUUGGCACAGCGACACAUGCUCGGCGCUUUCCGCGAGAGGGACCCGCAGCAGGGCCCGGUGGGGGCGGAGCCGGGCGGACCGACGCAGGCUGCCGCUUGCGAGAAGCCGGAGCAGUUCCCGAGCUGCGGCUAGAAGCGCGAGAACCCGUGGGGAGCGGGGAGAACCAUCACAUGACAAUGAGGAGGACGAGGAGGACGAGGACGACGAGGAGCGAGGCGAAGGGGCAAGGGCGCUGUGCGGAUAGCCCCAUAUGACCCAAACGGCCACCUCUGUAGUCCAAAAGCGCACUGCGCCCCUGGCGCGCGAAGCGCGCCCAGGGCGGCGCUGGAGGCGCCGCCAGGGGGGCUCCAGCGCCGAUGCAAGACAUCCGCCAUGACAAUUAAAGCGCUGGCCCCUGGCUGUGCGCGCGCCUGUCCUGCGCGGGCGAUUGCGCAACGGGGGUCCCGGCCAUCCCCCCGACCGCCUGUUUGAAUCCGAGGGGUUGGGGAAGAGGAAAGGGAGAUCUUGUUAAACUGCCUACGUCCAGAGGGCUGGUAGGAUUGGCGUGCGGCGUUCUACCCACACAGUCUCAUGUCUGUUGCGCGCCCACUGGGUCGCGUCCACCGUGCCCGCAGUGGAUCUUCUUUUGCCAGUUCGAGCUGAGCACAUACAACUUACAGUGCUAGUGUUCAUCGCCGAACGGACUGCGCCACCACUUGGCAUCACUAAACGAAAACAACUAACUCAGGGAAGGCCGUUUACGAAAAGUAAGAACCAAGAGCAAGGAGC